AUGAAAUCUGAGUUUUUUGCUAGUGGGGUGCCUGAGAAUAGCCUGCAGCAGAUUCAUUUAGCUACUGGUUUCAAAAUUGGCCAGUUGCCUGUUAGAUACCUAGGAGUGCCUUUGGUUACUCAAAAGCUCACAAGUAAGGAUUGCUCGACUUUACUUGUUAAAAUUAAGAGUAUGAUUGAUAAAUGGUCUAGCAGGCAUCUAAGCUUUGGGGGGAGACUUCAGCUUGUUAAAUCUAUUUUGUUUAACAUCUUUGGCUAUUGGAGUAGACAACUUGUCUUGCCCAAAGGUGUUAUUAUUGACAUUGAGAAGCUCUGCAUGAGGUUUUUUUGGAGGGGAAAUGAUAUUCCAGCAAAAGGGGCCAGAGUGAGCUGGAGUCAGAUUUGUUGUUUAAAAUCUGAAGGUGGUUUGGGCCUGAGGAAGUUAACAGAUUGGAGCAAGGCUUGUUGCCUUUUGCUUGUCAGGAAAAUUCUUGCUGAUGAGGGGUCCUUAUGGAUUGCAUGGAUCAAAGGUUAUUGCUUCAAAACUGUGGAUUAUUGGAAUGUUGGUUGCAAACUCCAUUUUAGCUGGAUUCUCAGGAAAUUGAUAAAGCUAAAGGAUGAAGCUAGAAGACUGUUCUGGUCUGCUACUAAUUUGGUGCAGUUCAAAGCUUGGAUGGUGAUUCUUGAUAGGUUGCCAACAAGGGACAGAUUAGUCAGAUUUGGCGUGGUGACUGAUGAUGCAUGUGGGCUAUGUGCUGCUGGCCAGGAAUCCCGAAAUCAUCUCUUCUUGGACUGUUCUUAUGCAAAGGAGGUUUGGGGUACUAUUCUGCUUCAUGUGUUUCGCUGCUGGAAUGAUGCUUUGCGCUGGCUGGUAUCGAGUUUGAAAGGUAAAUCCCUUUUAGUUCGAAUACUAAAGCUAGCUUGGACUGGUUUUGUUUAUUUUGUCUGGGAGGAGCGGAAUCGCAGGAUUUUUAGAGGUGUGAUCCGUCCAGCUGAGGAAAUUGUUGAUAGAGUUAGAGAGGCAAUUAGAAUCAAAAUGUAUAGGAGUCAUGUGAACAGAUUGGAUAAUGUAAAUAGGAGGUUGUGUCUUGCUUGGGAUUUGAUUUAG